CCUCAUACUCUGUUUUCUUCACCACAGCCAUUUCUGGAGAGAAAUACAAUACGAGUGACAUUAUGAAUAAGCUGCUGGUCGUUACCGUGCUUGUUGCACUCCUUGCUCUCAGUGCUGAGAGCUUCCGUGUGCCGAGGGAGGCGCAGGAGGAGGAGCAGGAGCAGGGGACUCUGACCAAGAUUGCAGAUAAAGUCAGGACCCUCUAUGAAAGUACUGUCAACACUGCCAGUGGGUACCUGGAAGGCGUGAAGGGCCUGAAGCUGGAGGAGAAGGCAAAGAACCUUUACACUGACACCACCACAGCUGUGAGCACAUACGGUGGCAUACUGCAGGACCAGAUUUACCACCUCUUCUACCCCCAGCAGUAAACAAAAACUCAUUUCCAGUGACCUCCACUACCUUCUCCCACAGCGUAAAAAAACUUUAAAGCUACCCACAAAAGGCUAAAGCCUUAUUUGACAUUCUGAACUUUGCCAUGGCUCACCUCACCUAAGCGUCAGAACCUCAAACAGCAUCUUCAGAAAUAAUGUACCUGGUGCUCUUUGUAGUGCUUUCUUGGGCCACUGUACCGGUGGUUCAUGAUGAUAACCACCCAAUGGGGAAUGUAAUCCUUUGAAAAAAAAAAAAACAUCUUGAACAGAGGAAACUGGACAGAAACAACUUUGCAAGCACAAGAAAAGGAGCAAGCUGCAUCUUUUCAUGAACCAAGGAAUUUCUCCAUGGGUGUCAGAAUUAGAAAACAACCAGCCAUGAAAAACAUGCAAUGAUUUAAUGAUCUAUCGCCACCUACUGGUAUUUUUGUUUCCUCAUAGUUGACUUUAAAUGGUCAUUCCACCUGAAUAAAUUUAAAUAUUUGUGUCUUAUCUUGAAAUAAAAUAUUUGUACAAAAACUA